GACGUCACGUGCACCGGAGCCGGGCGGAGUGAUACGUCGUGCGCGCAUAGGUCGCUCUCGCAGUGCCGGCUUUGUUGGAUUUUGAGCGCAUCUGGUGCCAGCGCUGCGGCUUCGUGUCGGAUACCUCUGUAGUGCAACGAAAACAACGCUUCAGAAAUGUCUUGGCAGACGUACGUCGACAACCAGAUUUGUGCACAGGUCAACUGCACAGUGGCCGCAAUUGCUGGCCUCAACGAUGGAGCCAUUUGGGCGAAAUAUGAAAAGGACUCCAACUGUUCGAUCACGCAGCAGGAGCUGAAAACCAUCGCCGACACGAUGCGGACCAACCCUAGUGCUUUCAACGAGACCGGCAUCCACCUUGGUGGCCAGAAGUAUGUCUGCCUAUGCGCCGAGAACAACUUGGUCCGGGGCCGAAAAGGCAGCUCAGCAUUCAUCGCCGUCGCCACGAACACCUGUCUGCUGGUAGCUGCCACCAUUGAUGGCUUCCCUCCUGGUGUGCUCAACACUGUGGUCGAGAAACUAGGAGACUAUCUGAAGCAAAAUAACUAUUAGUUUUACAAAGCAAAGGAAAGUGCUGUCUGCCACGAAAUUGCUCGGGCCGCCUCCUCCCCCUGAUCCUGCUGUCGCUGCCACCUUCCUUUCCUGUCCCUUCCCUGAUGGUCAAACCAUGAAGAUGCCACAAAGCCAACAUGAUGACGUCCGCCGAAGACCGCAGCCCCAUGCAUCGGCGCUCUUGCAACUUCAGUUUGCACCACCCAUUCCUUCGAAUUCGCUUCCUUCCUUCCACUUUCUCACGAGCACUGUUAACAUGACACGUCCGUGAGUUCUGCGGAGUCCCGCUAUAUUGUUUCUGUGAAAGGGGAGGGGGUGUGCAACUGCGAAGGAGAGAAGACUCCAUCACUUCUUGCCUGUAUUCGUUGGCACAUUUUUAAUUGUGAAUUGUAAUCUUUUUUUUAUGCGUUACAAUGUACUUUUCUUCUCACCUUCUCCUCCUCUUCAAUGUUUUUUAGGUGGGUCGGGGAAACAAUUUGUGCGUUAAUGGCAAAGCUGUCAAAGCCAGUGAACAUGGUGUUGCGCCAAAUACGCCGGUUGGAAUAAAUUCCAGUGUUGGUGAACUUAUACCCAACUUUUUUUUAUGCACACAUGUUGAGAGGUGGACAGGUGCUAUUAAAUUAUUUUGUGCUGUUUCUCUUCGUCCUUGUUUGGUUUAUUUUCUUUUUCAUGCUUUUUGCUAACGUGUUCUCUUCAGCGCUCGAAUCGGUGCUGUGUUAGGUUGGAAGCUUGCCGGAAAAAGCAUUUUCUUUCCAUAUUGUGCCGGCUGGUAAGCCACACUUGCUUUCAGACCUAGUGCCAUUUUAGAACACUUCCAUGGAGCAUGAAUGCUGUGGCAUUCUUGCUUUUCCCCUCUUGAAAAAAAAAAAGAAAAUUCAGUGCCGAGUAUACUGAGAGCCUAGUCAAGGAAACUGUGUGGUGGGGUUUCAUACAUUUUUAAUGGGGAUGUAUGAAUGUGAACGGACAGUUUCAUGCAUGGUGCAGAGUGAUUGACAGCCUGUUCAUAUAAAACAGGCACCAACUUUUGGCAAAUGUUGCUGGCCAAGUCCCCCUCCCCAAAUGUCUUGCGAGGCCAGCUUGCCUUCCAGUGUGCUGUUGCCAGCAUUCAGCAGCAUUUGCGGGCAAUUUUUUUUUUACUCCGUGGCAGGGAGCUCAAAUUAAUGCAAGCUCUUGCCUCGUUGGUGCGGCAUGUUUGGCGAUUUGUAGUCUGGAAGCUUCCCACUGCUUGAGUGGUAGUGGGUCUGUUCGGAGGAAUCCAUGGUGCUGGAUGGAGUGAUUCAACAGGGCAAAUGUCCGUUAUUGGGAAAGCUGCUCAAGUUGAGGGCCACGCCCGUUGUCUUGUGUAAUGACUGCAGGUUAUGUGUGGCACAUUUUUUUUUUUCUCUGGCCGGAUUACGCAUCAGGAGUAACUGUGCCGAACAAAUUUUGCUUAUCUUUCUUCGCCCCCACUCCGUUGAUUGAUGAUGCAAGUGCUGGCCAGAAGAAAGAUAAAAAAAAACGCGACAUCUUAAGCCUUGAGGCGAAUGAAUGCGCUCGUGACGAUGGCAUGAGAAGGGUUCGGAAAUUUUCCGACGACUUAACCAUUUUGUUUUUAUAUGCGGGAAUAAAGGAAUGAUAGUGACCUUGAA